UUGGCAUUACUUACCUUCAGGACAAUGCCUGACUGUGUCGGCGACUUCUAAAGGUGUUUGUAGAGCUCCGAGCCAUCGUAGCCUUUUGGAGUUCAUGGAGAAAGUGGGGGUGUUUGAGGUUGUGAAAGUGACUGAGGAGGUGGAGAGCUUCUACAGCCAAAUAAAGAUGACAACCCCAAAAAAGAGGAAAAGCAAAGGUCAUGAAGACAGUGUUGAGAAAUCUAAGAAACCCAGGUCUGCCUUUCUUCUAUACUUCUUUGAUGUUCAUCAGAUUAUGCAACAGGAAAUCCCUAAUCUACCACAAUCAGAGAUUAACAAAAGAAUCAGUGAGAGCUGGAAAAGGCUCAGCGUUGCCGAGAAAGGUUACUAUCUGGAGAAGGCCAAGUCUGAGAAGGAGGGCGUAGAUACAUCGCCUCCCAGUCCCUCCAAAGACUUGCCAGGCUUCCGCAAAAUCCUCCCCAGAGGCAGUUACUUUCUCCUGGCUAAAGGCGGCUCCUCAAAUCAGCAGCUGGGCUCUCAGGACCCUCAUGUGGAGGGAACUCUCACCCAGGAGACCCAGCCCACACCUCUUGUGUUGGCCGGUGAGGUGGAGCUUUGUGAGCACGCCAUUGUUGUCGACAACAUUGUAGAGGAAACUGAAGUAUCGUCUAAUCUCUCCGACACCCAAGGGAUCCCACCCUGCUCUUCUUCCUCUGUUUCAUGCCAAGCUCUGGCCUCCACAGACGAACAUGUCUCCCAGGUCUCUGCUGGCCUCUCAGCAAACGGGUUCACGCUGAAAGGAAAUGAGACAACACUUGCUGCUAGUGGUUACAGUGGGGCCAUGGUGCAGCAGGUACAGGGGGAAACUACCCCGUUGGUUGCCAUCAUACCCUUCCAGAACCUGCUAGAGCCCAAAUCUUUGCCAAGUGUUGGCUCCGUGGGCCCAGUGAACAGAGACCCAAGUGCCAAUCCUUGCUAUAAAAUGUCUUUAAAGACAUACACCCGGAGAGGGAGAGGAAGGUGUCUAAAUCCUGGAUGUUCAUUUGUGUAUGUCACCCGCCACAAACCACCCGCGUGCCCUGAAUGUGGGAGCCACUUGGGGGGGAAAUGGAUACCUCCUAUUGAACACAAUUCUGGGCCCGGUGGGAAGCUGUCUCUUGCACCCCAGCCGAUGGCCGCUUGCAUUGUUCAUCACUUGGAUGGACACAGAUCCUCCGAGGAUAGCAGAGCACUGAGACAUGUUCUGCGAGGCCUUACAUUUAGUCUCAGCAGCUGGAAGGAAAGCUAG